UGCAAUGCGCUUUCUUACUCGUUAGCGUCAAGCUAGGCUAGAACCGCGGCCUCUCACGAAUUGAUUGUCAACUUGCAGCAUGCCAUCUAUCUGCUCCACAAACAUAAUCGCGUCAUUCUUAGCUACGUAGCUACAGUCGCGGGGCUUACUAGAGCAGGAUGAACCCGCCCAACCCGCCAAACGACGAAUCUAGCGCUGGCAAUGGCGCGCCAACUGCGAUCGGCGGCGCAGCCACCAUGUCCGCACCUCCGCUUCCACAUGCAGAACCGCAGUCGACAACACCCACUGCAUGGUCGUCGCAAAUGUCUACCUUUCCUACAAAUAGCGGCGCUGCUGGAGGCCCAAACUUCGCCCAGUACUCGGCAUCUACGGCAGCGAUUCUCGAACGCCUCCAAGGGAAGAACGGCCAUGCCGCCGGAAGUGCUGCCUUUGAGGCGAAGCGGGCAGAGAUCUUGCAGAGUUACGUUACCAGCGACAAAUUGCCGACGCCCCCGCCAGCGGCGAGUACGGGACGUAGAGGAAGAGGGGGAAGAGUUAGCACACCAAGUGGACUGAAGACGGAAGUUGGCGCAUCACCGUCGGGUCCUUCCUCUGGUCGCGGAUCUGGAAGAGGGCGCGGAAGGGCACGGGGUCGCGGUCGCGGAGGACGUGGGGGUAGAGGCGGCAAGCGGAAGCGGUCCGAGAGUGACGAGGAGAGCAAUAACGACAACGACGACUCGGACGUCUCAGACUCGUACACACCACUACCCACACAAACCAAGUCCGGCCGAAGCGUCAACAAGCCCGUCACAUUCGUACCCGUCAUUCCAGAGCCAGCCAAGGGGGUGAAGCGGAGGAAGUCUACCAAGACGCUACUUGCUGCAAAGUGCAAGACCUGUCACCGAGAGACCGAUCCGUCGAACAACCGGAUAGUAUUCUGUGAUGCGUGUAGUACCGCAUAUCACCAGUACUGCCAUAACCCGCCCAUCGACAACGAGGUCGUCACAGUGCUGGAGAAGGAAUGGCUGUGUGGACCAUGUAUACGGGCCAAACAGACUGUUGUAGAAGGCGCACAGGAUCUGAUCGCUGCGGAGGAUCUGACUAUAGAUGAGAAACGUGCAUACUUCAACACCCUGCCACAACACCAACUGGUUGGCCUCCUCCUAACCGCUACGAUCCGACACCCAGAACUGCCCAUAUUCCCUCCAAACGUAAAGAGCCUCAUACCCGAGACCGCAGCCAUCAAGUCAGAAACACCACAACAACAGCCCUUAACCACACAACACUACACCAACUACCAACCCCCACCAUCCUUUAAUCUCGGGCAAAUAUCCUCGACUCCAAACGGCCACGCAACAACGAGCCACACACCACAGUUCUCAUCACAUUCGCACUCCGAGAUGGAUGCUGCAGAAGCACAACUCCUCGGCGAGAGCAGCCACCAGCCGCGCACAACGAUAGAUCUGGCAGGCAACCAGUACGAAGAAGACGACGGCUACGACACCGACCCCCCAGCACACUACCCCAAAGCUGGCAACGGUCUCGCACGAACACUACGGCCAGAGAGCGAAGAUCUUAAUUGGCUCGUCGACGACAACUUUGAGGUAUUCAGCCAUAGUUACCAGGGGGACGGGACGGGACUGGGUGCUGAUGGCACGCUGGAUGGUAUGGGAGAUGGACAGAAAGUAGUUUAGAAUGCUGCUGGAGAAGGCUCUGCUAAGGAUACUGGUGAUGAUGAGCUGUCGGAUAUGGAUAGCGAGGAUGUGGAGCGCUUGGUUGCUUUCACCAAAGGGAAAGGGCAACCUUCACCAAGGGACCUUUUGACGAAGCGAAAGUAAAGCUCGAGAAGCAUGCAUACAGUAAUACAAUUAAGUGUUAUGGUCAAU